AAUAAACAGCCCCUUUUGCCGCCCCCUUUUUUAUUAUUAUCUCUUACGAAAAUGAUAUCUCUACCGAAUGAAUUAUUGAUGCAAAUUAUCCAGUCAACAGACGACCAGAAUUUAUCAGAAUAUUUGUUUGUAUGUAAAUACACGUUUCAACUAGUUCGACAACGAGUAUAUAGGAAGGUGAUUUUUCCAGACAGCCACGAUAUCUCUGAACACCAAGUCAUCUCAUUCAUAACAUUGUAUGGAAAUUCAAUAGAAACCAUUAAACUACCUCAAGCUCAUCACUUUUCUGACAUGCUGUAUCAGCACAUUCUCACUCGCUGCCCCCGACUCAAUUUUUUACAGUCAAGUAUAUACCCAAACCAAUUGAGAAAGUUAAACAGCUUCAUGCGACCUUCUACCUGUUUCAUGGCGACCGAAAUACCCAUUCAUUUAAUUUCGCAUGACGAUCUAGAUAUAUUUCAUUCGAAUGUGCAAACUACCACUUAUUUUCCGUGUUGUGCCUCGUUCUUUAUAUUUCCAAGCGAGCUUGUACCAGAAAAGAAUUCGCCAUUAACUCAGAUAUCACAUUAUUUCCAUCAUCCCGGUGCAUUAAGUAACGCGAUUCUUCCAACUUUUGGCUCCGACUUAAUCGCACUUACACUUAAUCCAUACGAUGUCUUAACUGCGUCUGUAGCAAGAUUGAUUGUGUCUAAAUGUCCUAGAUUAAGGUAUCUGGUUGUACCUGCUGUCAAAGCCGAGGGAUUGUGGAUGUUAUUGAGGUGGUGUCAUACUUUGGCAGCCAUCAUUGUUGGAGACGAUGAACAAGAGGAAGAGGAAGAUGACAAUCCCAGACGAUCAUUUACAGAAAUAGAAAAUCAAAGAUCGGUAGAAACUAUACAAAAUCAUAAAAGAGUCUGGUGUGUUCAUUCUUCCUGUUUGAAUACAACUGAGAAAAGAACAUUGUGGCAUAUUGGGAUUAUACCACGAUUAUAAAAUUUACUCCCCUUCAACCCCUCGUACACCAACCCCUACAACAUACAUAUCUCCCAUCCACCCCUUUUCUGCAUUCCAUCUGCUUUUUUUUUUCUUCUUCUUUUUCUCCCACAAAAAUAAUAUAAAAGAGGACUAUUUCUUAUAUGAUUUUUCUCUGAAACACUUUACAUUUUAUUUGAAAAUAGCCAUUGGAAUGUUGUUGACAAGAAUGGUGUCCCUGAGUCGAUGGACUCGUGUAUUGCUAAUCACAAUGAAUGUUUAUAAACCAUGGUAACCCAUAGAUCUUUGCUGGCUUACC